AUGCUUUAUGCUGAAAGUGCCGGAGAGAAUCCAGAGUUACAUGGGAUCUUGUUCGAUAUAACAAUUGAUCCAACUCUCACACCAAAUCCUUUUGCAUCAUUGAAUAAUGUCAGUUAUUAUGGUGAUAUGGAAGAGGAAAUUCUAUUUUCGAUGCACACAGUCUUUCGCAUAGGUGAUAUGGAACAGUUAGAAACUGGAGUACUGCAAGUAAAAUUAAUAUUAACCAGCGAUGAUGAUCAACAACUCAGAAUUCUUACUGAAUAUACGCAGCACGAGACUUCAUAUGGGACACAAUGGCACCGUUUAAGCAAUGGGAUGAUAUAA